UAUUGACCUCCAAACACGUGAUGUUCAGCCGUUCACGUUUUUGAGGAAGGGUAACAGUUAUUGAACUAAAAAACCUCAGCGAUGCAUCGGUACACCUUCCUCUUUCACCUUUAUCACAUGCGAAAGGUCCGUGCGAUCAGUCUGAAGACAUCCGUGGUGAAGAGGUUGUGAGAUGCUUUUGCCGGGUAAACUGUGACGCACCAGUUGACGGAACUGGCGGACAGCUGUGGAAGAUUACGUCGGCAUCGCUUAACCGAGGGACUUUAAAAUCCAGAUCACAAGAUUUGGUGCCUCAGUAAAGUCCACUACUAACUAAUAGCGACCACUACUACGCAAAGACCCAUAGAGGGGUGAUGAUGGACAACGGAGGAUUUUGCAACGAUAACUAUCACAGUGGAAGCAGUGAUGAUGAGCUGGUGGAUAUUUCAGAUGUUACAGUGAACUUCAGUGAGGAUGUCCCGCCUCUGGACCGAGAUUACAGUGCAGGCGGCUGUAAAGCAGAUUGGAGGCCGAACAACAGUCCUAAGCUGAUAGAUCUAAUGGAUGACACCGUUCCUGGCAUUGGCACCUACGAGGACUUCAACACCAUCGACUGGGUUAGGGAGAAGUCUAAAGACAGAGAUCGGCAUAGAGAGAUCACCAAUAAGAGUAAGCAUUCCACAGUAGCCUUGCUCUUCAGCAUCAGUGAUGCCUUUUCCGGCUGGCUUCUGAUGCUUCUCAUUGGACUCAUGUCAGGGGCCUUGGCUGGAGGUAUAGACAUUGCUGCCCAUUGGAUGACGGACCUUAAAGAGGGUGUGUGCCUGAACGGGUUCUGGUUUAAUCACGAGCACUGCUGCUGGGCGUCCAAUGAGACCACUUUUCAGGAAAGAGACAAGUGUCCCCAGUGGAAAAGCUGGGCAGAACUCAUGGAUGGAGUCAGUGAGCAGGGCAGGGUAAAUGUGCUGAAUCAUUUCAUGUAUGUGAGCUGGGCUCUUCUCUUCGCCUUCCUGGCUGUGAUUCUUGUGAGAGCCUUCGCCCCUUAUGCUUGCGGUUCAGGAAUACCAGAGAUUAAGACCAUCCUGAGUGGCUUUAUAAUUCGGGGUUACCUGGGGAAGUGGACUUUGAUCAUAAAGACCAUCACACUGGUGCUGGCCGUCUCGUCUGGCCUCAGUCUUGGGAAAGAGGGUCCGCUGGUUCAUGUAGCCUGCUGCUGCGCAAACAUCCUAUGCCAUUUCUUCACCAAAUACCGUCGAAAUGAGGCCAAGAAACGAGAGGUGUUGUCUGCAGCAUCUGCAGUGGGAGUGUCUGUAGCGUUUGGUGCUCCUAUUGGAGGGGUGCUUUUCAGUUUGGAAGAGGUCAGCUACUACUUCCCUCUGAAGACUCUGUGGCGUUCGUUCUUCGCUGCUCUGGUUGCAGCAUUCACCCUUCGCUCCAUUAAUCCUUUCGGCAACAGCCGAUUGGUCCUUUUCUACGUGGAGUUCCACACUCCCUGGCAUCUUCUAGAACUCAUACCUUUUGUGCUUCUGGGCAUCUUCGGUGGCCUUUGGGGGGCUUUCUUUAUUCAUGCUAACAUUGCUUGGUGCCGUCUCCGUAAGAACACCCGCCUUGGCCACUACCCUGUCAUUGAGGUUCUGGUGGUCACCCUGCUCACAGCGUUGCUGGCGUUCCCAAUCGAGUACACUCGGAUGAGCAGCAGCGAACUGAUCUCUGAGCUGUUUAAUGACUGUGGUCUGCUGGACUCAUCGAAACUCUGCGACUACACCGGCAACAGUGGAAGCACAUCUGGAAGUGUUAAUGCCACUGCCGCUAAUGGUCUGGGGGCUCGGCUGGCAGGGCCAAAGCUCUAUACAGCUAUGUGGCAGCUAGCUCUUGCACUGGUCUUUAAGAUGUUCAUCACUGUGGCUACAUUUGGCAUGAAGGUGCCAUCUGGUUUAUUCAUCCCUAGUAUGGCGGUGGGGGCCAUAGCAGGCAGACUUCUUGGAGUGGGCAUGGAGCAGCUAGCCGUACACAACCACGAACGGGACAUUUUCAGAGGCUGGUGCUCUCCAGGGGCAGACUGCAUCACGCCGGGCCUGUACGCCAUGGUGGGCGCAGCAGCCUGUCUGGGUGGUGUGACCCGUAUGACCGUCUCUCUGGUGGUCAUUAUGUUUGAGCUGACAGGAGGUUUAGAGUACAUUGUGCCCCUCAUGGCUGCUGCCAUGACCAGCAAAUGGGUCGCUGAUGCUCUGAGUCGCGAGAGCAUCUACGAGGCCCACAUCCGCCUCAAUGGUUACCCUUUCCUGGAGGCCAAAGAAGAAUUCCGCCACAAGACUCUUGCCACGGAUGUAAUGCGGCCGCGGCGGAGCGACCCACCGCUGUCUGUGCUGACGCAGAGCGGAAUGACUGUAGAGGAGGUGGAGAGACUCAUCGCAGAUACCACCUACAGCGGCUUUCCUGUGGUUAUCUCACAGCUGUCUCAGAGAUUGGUGGGCUUUGUGUUGAGGAGGGAUCUGUUCAUAUCCUUAGAAAAUGCACGGCGGCAUCAGGAUGGUGUGGUCAGCGUGUCUGCUGUCCUGUUCACUGAAUGUGAAUCGCCCGCGUCACCCGGCGCUCCUCCUGCAGUCAAACUGCGCAGCAUCUUGGACCUCAGCCCCUUUACGGUCACUGUGCACACGCCCAUGGAAAUCGUGGUGGACAUCUUCCGCAAGCUUGGCCUGCGGCAGUGCCUCGUCAUUCAGAACGGGCGUUUGCUGGGAAUCAUCACUAAAAAGGACAUUCUUAAACACAUGGCGCAGAUGGCCAACAGAGACCCGGAAUCAAUCCUCUUCAACUGAAGACUCUCAAGACUGAACGGACAGGAUAAACUCACUCCUACACACACACACACACACACACACACACAGACAGACAGACAGACAGACAGACAGAGAAUCAUCCUGCGAUGAUGAUGAUGACAGUGGUAGGACUGUGUGUGUCACUGAGGUACUGCUAUUAUAGAGUGGUCUGAGAGUGGACUAAGGCAGCUUUUUGCAGCUCCAGAACUGGACAUGUUCAGACAGGAGCUGUUUAGCCUGUCCGGAGGCUACAGAGACAGUAAUGUGAAAAAUGCUGUCUUCUCGCACCUCAUAUAAGACCUGAUCUGAAUUGUUGCCAUCAGGACUUGCUGCAUGUGGCCCAAAUGCUUUUCCUGCCUGCACGUAUAUUUAAAUUUGGGGAUCGACGACGACUUUUUGUGUUCUUUAUUCGUUUAUGGUGCUUUACUCUACUAAAAGUAGCUUGAACUAGCUUUACAUGGUUGCUAGUCUCAGGCUGGUCUGGGUUGUUGGUUUUGGGGAGUUUUGGGUAUUUAUCAGGCUGGGAGACCAACUGACUGAGACCAGCCAUCAAAGAGUAGCUUAAGCUAUUUUUUAGCAGGAUUUCCAUCCCCGGAGUGACGUUUGACCUCGAGAGGAACUUCAGAAGGGUGAGAACAUUCCCGAGAUGAUCUGGGGAACGUGCGUUAAGGGUGUCUUGUCUGAACCUGCGUGUGUCGAGCGAUCCCUGUGGGAAGAUGUGCCGCCUUUUGUAGAAGUGCGGUGAGAUUUGGUGUAUCAUGUUGAGAAGUCAUACAGACGCACUUACUUUUUCUCAUUUAUGCAUACUAGCAAAACGCCGUCAGUAGUGCCGUUCCUCUAUUUCUCACUCUAAAGACUUUGAGAAGGAAGUUUUGAAGAUAACAUGCCACUCUUGAAGUGUUUAUAUAUGACUUCAACCGGACAGAAGCCAAUGUUGAUUUUUAUUGUGAAAGGUGCCUUUAAGGAAUGGUUCAUCCAAAAAUUCUGUCAUUUACUCAUCCUUUUGACGUUCCAAACCUGUAUGAUUCUCUUUUCUUCUGUGAAACCUAAAAUAAGGCAUUUUGUGAGAGAGUCUUAGUGGGUUUUUUUGUCGAUUACAGUGAAAACCAAUAGUAACUAAACCUGUUUGGUUACCAACAUUCUUCACAAUCUGUUCUUUUGUGUUCUGCAGAAGAAUAAAAAGUCUAUACAGUUUUGGAACAACGCAAGGGUGAGAAAACCGAUGACAGAAUGUUCUUUUUGGUAUGAAAUAUGCCUUCAAUAGUUAUGUUGAAGUGCCCUGGUUCUCCCUCUGUCUUUCUGCCAUUACAACAAGCUAUUUGGUCUUAGCAGUGGCAUAUGAUUUCCAAAAAGUUUGUAGUGGCUACUAAACAACCGAUUUCCACUCAGCUUCCCAAAUGAACCAAGCUGCCGUUCCCGCGUGGCACCACCAGGCGGCACUAUCUCACAGACUGUUCAUUCUGGACAUUGUGUGCCAUCUGAUUGAUUCUUGGCCCGGUUCACUUGCUGGGUGUGUUGCAGCAUUCUCUCAUGUCAUUACAAUUGGGACUCCUUACAUUUCCCCUGACAUCUUUAUGCUCAUAUUGGGCACCUGGGCCCCUCCAUUCCUUCAUCCAUCACCCUCACUAUCUUUCUCAUGUAACCACGCUGUCAUCCUCAGACAACCUCAGCGAAGCAUCUCCAGGCAACUCCCUUGUUUGUCCGUGAGGACCCAAUCAUGACAUAACAAGAUCCUCCCUGUAAUGAAAGGGCUAAACUAGUACUGUAGUCCCCUUCCUUGGCAUACUUGCUUGACUUUUUGUCUCUACGCAUUUUAAAACCUCCACCCUCCAGUCCAGUGCAUGUUUCCCCCCCCUGCAUUGGCAUUUGGGUUGUUUAUGACCUAUUAAAGGCAUUUGAUUCUUUUCAUGCCUGUUCUAAACGCUCUCUUUCCCUACUCGCUGUAAUUCCCGGGAGUUGGAUUAGGGGCAGGGAGGUGGUGGAGGGCUAUUGUUCCCAUUCGCUCCUGCUCGUCUGGGCUCCCAGUCGCCAGGAUGUCCCCCGACCGCUUCCCUCAAGCACCGUCACGCAGCCCCGACCGCCUUCCACUCUUAGAAAGACCAUUUCUGGUCCAGUCUUUAAACAACGGGCAAUUCUGAACUGUUAUAAUAGAGCGGUGGAAAAAAAUAAAUUCUUGCGCUGUGAUUAUUGAAAGAAAAGGUGUGUGUGUAUGUGUGUGAGUAUUUGUGUGGGGGGCCGUAGGCGUGUUGGAAGGAGAGAUUACGCUUUUCUCUUUUGCCCUCCUAGGAAAAAUAUGGGAGGAGGGAGAGGAGAAAAGGUUAAUUAAACAGUGUUCACUGAUCAGUGGAAGGGAUCGUUUCACAAAGGUCCCCUCUGUGUCACACGGGGGGUUAUUGGAGAGACUUGGCACGAAGGACUUCCACUCAUUCCUGCAAUCCGGGUGGGUGCUGAGCCUCUUUGCGCUGUAACCCAACACUCGAUUGGUGCAGAAGGAACCAGGCCAGGACCAGGACCAGAUGAAAUAUUGUAAUGUAAAACAGGACACGCCACAGACCUCCUAUGUUCUUAUCUACAGAACGUAGGCUUCAACUAACUUUUCAACUCCGGAAGCAGCACGUAAACCGCUGUUUAGUUGGCGUCUACUUGCCUUUUUCUAUGCAAACAGUCAGGUUAGGGCCGAGGACAAAUGCUAAACCUGAGUAAACUGCUUUUACAGGUGUCAAUGAGCAUGUAUAUCCAAAGAAACCUGUUUUUUUUGUUCUUGCCAAAAAGACGAUACGGUUAUUACCAAAUUGCUUGGAAGGAAAUUUUUUUCCAAAGCACUCAUCGGAGAUGAAGAAUGUGUCCAUUUUAUUGAUAAGAGAUGUUAACUUUAAUAGGUAUUUAUUUGCAGAGAAAUGUUUUCUAUUACAGUAUUUGUACAUGUCUGUGAUUAUAUCAUAUUGUCAAAUGAACUUUUGUCCAUUUGAAUAAAUCUGAAUGAUGCAUUCCAUGCAGACUGCAUUCAUCUGGAGGUCAAAAGUGUUUGUUUUAGAUAUAUAAAGAAUGGCUUGUGGCUUCAAGUUUUUGGUUUACCUUGCAUAAUCAAAGACCCAGGACAUGAUGAAAAUUCCAGAAAUAUGAGCAUUUUUAUUCC